AUGACCAGAAUUAGACGAGGAUAUAUAGCUCGGAGGCGUAGAACAAAAAUUCGUUUAUUCGCAUCAAGCUUUCGCGGGGCCCAUUCAAGACUUACUCGAACUAUUAUUCAACAAAAAAUAAGAGCUUUGGUUUCGGCCCAUCGGGAUAGAGAUAGGCAAAAAAGAAAUUUUCGUCGUUUGUGGGUCACUCGGAUAAAUGCAGUAAUUCGCGAGAGUAUGGUAUCCUAUAGUUAUAGUAGAUUAAUAAACAAUCUGUACAAGAGACAGUUACUUCUUAAUCGUAAAAUACUUGCACAAAUAGCUAUAUUAAAUAGGAAUUGUCUUUAUAUGAUUUCCAAUGACAUUCUAAAAUAA